UUCUUACCCGAUUUAAGAUGUAACCGAGUAGCGUAUGCGCGCGGUGAUGUUUCGUCUAAUAUGCAGUGGGGCAGUGUCUACAUCGUGUGUUUAGCACUGUGUUGCCUGCAAACAACGUCUGAGCCCCUACGCUUCUCCGAGGACCAAACGCAUGGCCGGUUUCGUCGAAACGACGAAAAGGACGGUCUCGCGCUAUCCAGAGAAAUAUUCAGGAACAUCACGAAGCAACUCCGAGAGAACAUCAAGCGUGAAGGACCGACCGAUAGGAGCGAUCAUUUGUUACAUAGUAAAUUAGAAGACUCCCGUCACUAUGGACAGUAUCAGGGCUACCACCAUCACGAGCACCACUGGGGCCCCUACUUUGAGGGCGACGUGGGCGAUCCCGAGGGCACGAUGCAAGUGACGGCACACGUGGGGGCCGAGGCCCUUUUAAAUUGUAGGGUUGGCAUGCUGAAAGAUAAAACAGUAAUGUGGUUGCGGCGUGCAACCGAUUCCGCACAAUUGCUCACCGUUGGAAGGUCUCCGUACGCCGGUGAUAAUCGGAUAGCUGUCAAGUUCCAGUACCCCAAUAAUUGGAGGCUCAGCAUGAACCCCGUCAAGAGGUCUGAUGCGGGCCUAUAUAUGUGCCAAAUAUCAACACAUCCCCCUAAAGCAAUAUUAGCUAAUUUAACUGUACUGCCUCCAGUUUUAACGAUAAAUGGAGACCAGACUCAUGAACUAAAGGAUAGAUUUUACAAAGCAGGAAGCUCUAUAAAAUUGUCCUGCGUCAUAUCAGAUGAAUACGUAGCCUCACUAACCACGAAGGUGCCCCUAACUACGGCAGUCCCUACCACAACCACGCCUUUAACUACAACUACUGAAUUGACUACAAAGAUGAGCACAAUUUUUAAUAGAAUAGAUUUGAUGAUGAACAAAAGUUGGAGUGUGGAGACCACAACGAUAACUUCUACAGUUAGUGUUAGUACAACUACAAAAAAUAUGCCGGAAUUGAAGACCACGGUAGCCCCUAUGAUAACGUCAACUGUCCCGACGGUGGUGAAUAAUAUUUACGGGAUGGUUUGGAAGAAGCAGGGGAAAGAAUUUAAUGAGAACGUAUCGUGGCGGAAUAUGAGUGCCACAAUCAGCGUCGCAUCAGCGUCGCAGAACGACAGUGGGACAUACACGUGCCACUUACAGAACCAUUCUCAAGUUAUAAUCAACGUUCAUGUUUUGAUUGGAGAAAACCAAGCUGCUGUUCACCACGACACGUGGAACAAGGGGACCUUAUUUUGGCAAAGCCUUUCUCUAAUCUAUCUUUCAAUGAUUCUUAUAUUUGCUACUUGAAAUAGUGGUUACUAUGAGAAUGUUAUAAGACUUUGUUUAUUAAAAAUAGUACACGAUUGGUGAUACUAGAGAAUAUUGUAAAAAAAAAUACUACACUGCGUUUUCGGAGUAUUGUAUGUAAUGGUUAGUAGAACAGAUAAAAGAUUGCUUU